AAUAUAAAAGGAGGAACACUAGAGCAAGACCAGAGAUAAGCAAGCAAACAUGGAGGCGUUGAAGCUGUGCAGCAGUCUAUCUUCUUCCUUACCAAUCAGCUUCCGCCACCUCAUCCGCCGCCGUACGUCCUACACUCUCGUCCGCUGCUGCUCCUCUUCCGCACCCACCACCACCACUCGGAACAGAAACCGCCGGUCUUCCUCUGCGUCUGUUCCCACUUCGGACCGCGAUGCCAUUCGCGCCAUUCGCAUCAAAAAGGUGGAGGAGUUGAGGAGCAAAGGGUUAGAGCCCUAUGCUUAUAAGUGGGAUAGGACUCAUACUGCUAAUCAGCUUCAAGAGAUAUACAGUCAUUUAGCAAAUGGUGAAGAGUCAAAUAAUGAGUCUGAUAACAUAUCUGUGGCAGGGAGAAUUGUGGCUCGUAGAACAUUUGGAAAGCUUGCCUUUUUGACACUAAGAGAUGACUCGGGUACAAUUCAGCUUUACUGUGAGAAGGAAAGUCUUUUAAAUGAUCAGUUUGAUCAGUUAAAGACACUUGUUGAUAUUGGUGAUAUACUGGGUGCUACUGGUUCAAUGAAAAGGACAGAGAAAGGAGAGCUUUCUGUUCUUGUGAAAUCUUUUGGGAUUCUCACAAAAUCUCUUCUUCCACUACCUGACAAGUAUCAUGGUCUCAUUGAUGUGGAUAAACGAUACCGCCAAAGAUAUGUCGAUAUGAUUGCGAAUCCUGCAGUAGCUGAUGUAUUUCGGAAAAGAGCAAAGAUUGUAUCAGAGAUACGCAAGACAGUGGAGUCUUUGGGUUUUGUUGAAGUUGACACUCCAGUUCUACAGGGAGCAGCUGGUGGAGCUGAAGCAAGGCCAUUUGUUACAUAUCAUAAUUCACUUGGAAGGGAUCUCUAUUUGAGGAUUGCAACUGAGCUUCAUUUGAAGAGGAUGUUGGUUGGAGGAUUUGAAAAGGUAUAUGAGAUUGGUCGAAUAUUCAGAAAUGAAGGCAUUUCCCCUCGCCAUAAUCCUGAAUUUACCACCAUAGAGAUGUAUGAAGCAUAUUCUGACUACGAAAGCAUGAUGAACAUGGCAGAGGAAAUUAUUACUCGCUGUGCACUUGCUGUUCAUGGGAAGCUUACCAUUGAUUACCAGGGGGUGGAGAUAAGUUUGGAGCGGCCAUGGAGGAGGGAAAGCAUGCACAAUCUUGUGAAGGAUACAACUGGCAUUGAUUUCAAUGAGUUGGGAAAUGAUCUCAAGGUUGCUAAAGAGGUUACUUUGACAGCACUUGGGGCUGGGAUUGAUAACAAGGACAAAUCUGCCAUUGAAGCAAGCCCUUCUCUUGGUAACCUCCUUAAUGAGGUCUUUGAAAUUGCUGUAGAACCAAAGCUCUUGCAACCAACAUUUGUUUUAGACUAUCCUAUUGAGAUCUCUCCCCUAGCAAAACCACAUCGAAGACAUGCAAGCUUGACCGAAAGGUUUGAACUCUUCAUCUUUGGUCGUGAACUGGCCAAUGCAUUCUCUGAGUUGACUGAUCCGUUGGACCAAAGGUCACGCUUAGAAGAACAAGUGAAGCAGCAUAAUGAGAAGAGAGCAACAGCUGUUUCAGAAAUAUCAGGUGGAAAGGAAGAUUUGAAGAAAUAUGAUGAUAACUCAUAUGAAGUUACUAUUGACAAUGACUUUUUAACUGCUUUGGAAUAUGGAAUGCCUCCAGCUUCGGGGAUGGGACUUGGAAUCGACAGGCUGGUGAUGCUUUUGACAAACUCUUCCAGUAUUCGAGAUGUUAUUGCCUUCCCUGUGCUAAAACUUCAGCAGUAGUAUUACAGAAACUGGUCGGAGAGAUUAGCUUUCUAAUGCUUCACUAAAGAUGUUGACUUUGAAAGAGGAUUUUGAUAUGCUCAGACAGAAUGGCAGGUGCUAUUUAUCUUUUGUAUAAUGCUUCACCUGCAGGAAAAUUUUGGCUGUACCUUGAGAUUCUUCUUAUUGUUGUGUGGAUUGAAUUAAAAACAAAAAAAGGCAAUAAAACUAUAAGUUAUAUACAAA